CUGGGACGUGAAAGCAAGGCUGGCCCUGGUUAUCGCCUGCAGCUCCUAAUCCUCACACGCUGCCUGGGGUCCAGUGCUGUCCCCAAGCACCCUGGCUGCGGACCUCGCUCUUGUCUCUAAAAUGGAGCUCGUUUUCCCCAUGCCGGGCGAGAGAGUUCCUCGGGUUCCUCGGUUCUUCUCGAGGAAAGCAAUUUCAGUUCCGAGACACUUUUAGCGAUUUUUUUUUUUAACAAAACAAGAACUCUCAAAGAUAAUGGUGGAAGCUCAGUGGGGUCUGUGUUGUGAGUUUUAAUUAAGUUUGUAUUAAUAUGACGUGGAAGGACCUUUGCACUGCAGCUGUCCUUAAAGGAUGCCAUCUCGUCACAAAGUCACUGAAGAGCCAGACUUUAGAUGUGGAAGUCGAUGUGUUGUGCUCCGUGCUCUACAGCAAUCAUAACAGACUGAGCCGCCACAAGCCGCAUUUGGCUCUCCGACAGGUAGAGCAGUGCUUAAAGCGUUUGAAAACCAUGCACCUGGAGGGCUCAAUUGAAGACCUGUCUCAGUUGUUGUCUGCCAAUGAAACGCAGUCUGGAGCCACCAAAAACUGUGUCGUCCCCAGCCAGCCGGUAGUGGAGGUGGUGCUGAUGAAGGUUUUGGGAGGCUGCAAGUUGUUACUGCGCUUGUUGGACUGCUGCUGCAAGGCAUUCCGGUUGACUGUGAAGCACUUAGGACUGCAGGAAUUCAUUAUUCUGAACCUUGUGAUGAUCGGGCUGGUGAGCAGGUUAUGGGUUCUUCAUAAGGAACUUCUAAGGAGGCUGAUUUCCUUAUAUGAGCCGCUGCUCAGAUUGCUUCAGGAGGUCUCCAGGAUUCAGCCCAUGCCUUACUUCAAAGAUUUUUCCUUUCCCUCCGAUGUUACAGACUUUCUAGGGUCACCUUACAUUGAACUCUUUAAGGAAAAAACUCCUGCAGCUUUUGCCACUAAAGGAGUAACUAAGUUGCUAAAUAAACUGUUUUUAGUGAAAGAACAGCUACCAAAGAGCAAUGAAGACACUCUAGAUAAAAUUUCCAAAUCAUCUGAACCAAUGAAGAGCAGUCUGCAGAGUGGUGUGGACCUGGGACAGCCAGUGAGAAUGACUAAAAGGACCAAACACGAAAAACCAUCAGGAUUUGACGUGCGGGCUUUCUGCACGAGGCUGCGAAACAAGGCUGCUCAGGAAACCAGCCCUGAGUUUAAGUGCUCUCAAUCCAAAUUUAAGACAAGCAAACUGUCCUCUCAGAAACCGAGAAGAGCUCCCUGGGCUAACAGUAUUGUGCAAAGAAUUCGUGUGACCAAGACUUUCGCCCAGCUUUCUGAAGAAAUCCAAACUGCAGUCGUGUGGUGCCGGAGCAGAAAGCUCAAAGCUCAGGCUGCCUAUCUGGGCAGCAAGCUUCUGAAGAGCAACAGGCUGAGACACGUGGAAGCUCAAGGCUAUAGUUUGCCAAAGAAGCUACAGUGCAUGAAAACAUCUCUUUGUAAGUGCCUUCUUCGAGGCUCCAUUACCAGCACUUCAAAGUGUCCUCCUAGACAAAGAAGAUCAAAGCAUAAAGUUUUAUCGAGACAAAGGAAACCGCAGAGAAAGUUGCAGUCAAGUCUUUUAAAGGAAACUCAGAAGGUCCCUGAAGGGACUCUAAAGAGCACUAGGGACACCAAUGCUAAGAGGAGCCGUUCAGGUGGGACAGUUCAGAGGACAGAUGUCUGUCCUAACAAAAAGGAGGUCUUGAGAAGACUUUCAAAGCCCGUUCUAAAAACAAAGGAGAUGGGGAUCCAUGGGAAUGUCACAGCAGGCAGUGGAAAUGAAACCGGUCUGUGGACAGAGAGACAAACACACACAUACAGUAUGCGAGAAACUGCUAAAGAGGCAGAUGACAUUGAUGAUAUUUUUGCUUUGAUGGGAGUUUAGAUGUGCAUAUAUCAAACUUCUGAGCAGUUGACAAGCUGGUUUGGUGUUCUGCUGUUUUAAGUGGAACACUGCUUGGGCCAGGAGCUUCUGUGCAGCAUUCCACAGGAGCGCAUGCCUGCCAGUCCAAUAAAGUUACAGUAGCUCUGUGUCAGCUAAUCAGUGUUUACUUGGCAUUGACUCUACAGGGUGUGAAAUAUGAUGAAAAGUCCAUAAUAGUCUGUCCCUGAAUAAUACACCUUCUUGACUGAAGCAAGUAGGUGUCUGAAAAUUAGAUGCUUAUGAUUUACUAGAGAGGUAAGGUUCACAAAAUCUUUUGUAUCUGAGGGUAAACAGGAAACAAGGUUGGAGAGUAGUAAGGAAGCACCAUAAAGGUUCACUUGGCCUCACUGGCCCCAUUCCUUUUAAAAAGUCUUUACAGUGUGUGUGUGUGUGUGUGUACAUGUGUGUGGAUAUCAGAGGAUCACUGGUGGGAGUUGAUCUGCAGGUCCCAGGGUUGAAUUCAGUGUCAGGCUUAGCAGCACGUGUGUCUACCCACUGGACCAUCUCAACUGCCCAGGUUCUUCUCUUGAAUAACAAUGUGUAUAUGCAGUAUAUGCUGUUACUAAAAUGAAUUAUCAAAAUAUUUGCCAUUACUCAAAUGGAAAAACUAUUAUUUAAUCUUCAUUUUGUCACUGUAACUCUUAAGAGGAUAUGUUACAAGGCUUUUGGAAUUUUUUUUUGUUUCUAAGGGAUGCAAAAAUGUAGGUGAGUGUAUGCCAGGAAUAAGGCCCAUCAGAAAUUUGCAACCUGGUAUCAGUGCUAUCACCUGACUUUGUACAUAUCAGUACAACUGCUCCCGGACAUGAUGGUCAUGGGAAAUCUGCUGGCCUUCAACUCCUCCAGGCCAGAAAGGGUAACUUAAGUAUGUAGCUUUGUGUGUGUGUAUGAGUGUAUGAACCUCUGGGUUUAGACAAGCUACAGGAACUGCUUGGCACUUGGGUACGUGCAACUAGGAAGAUGAAUAUACCUGCUUCAUCCUCUGGUCAAAGAAAGCCCAAGGUUUUGUUUGUUUUGGUGGGAAUGGAACGUAGUGCCUCAUAUCUGCUAGGCCAUGGCUUUACCACUGAACUACAUCCUCUUGAACCAGAAAUCCAUGUCUCGAGGCUGCUCACAACGUCCUUCCAUACCAAGUACCAGUGUCUGUGGUGGCCAGGCAUGCGGGGCAAGCUUUCCUUCCUCAGCACUCCUGUUCCCUUCAUCACCUCACAAGAAUGCUACAGCUUUGACAGAGCCCUGCUCCUGGCAGAAGGAUGCCUUUGAAUGUAAUUCUUUUAACACCUGUUUGCUUUGUGAAAAAAAUUUAAAAAAAAAUUAUUUUUGGCUUCAAAUACUGCUAGUUAGGAUAAAAUAGACUAACUUUAUCAAUUAUAAAACAGCUGAAAUUUUUCCUAUUGAGUUUUUUUUUUUUUUUU